UAGUAUUUGCGUAAUUUCCGGUGUAUGGGACCAGACUGGUCUAUGAUUAUAACAUGUGUGAGAAGUGUACUUCAUAAUGUUACGCAACGUAGGCAAUUUUGGUUUAGGACAGGCUAUUCUGCGGUUGGACAUCCCAGUUGUUUUCACAGGAUCCCUGUCAUGCCUAGUGAAGUAAAGACUCGGUUCCUGUUGCUUUACGCUUCCCAGCGUGGGCAGGCGAAAUCAAUUGCUGAGGAAAUCUGUGAACAGGCAGGAGAGCAUGGAUUUGUCGCCGAUAUAUGCUGCCUGAGCCAAGUUGAUAGGUAUAACUUGGAGAGAGAAACGGCGCCUGUCGUUUUCGUCGUGUCAACCACUGGAGACGGGGAGCCUCCUGACACUGCCCUUACAUUUGUCAAAGGCAUUAAAACCAAGACUUUGCCAAGUGAUCACUAUGCACAUCUACGCUAUGCACUCCUAGCGUUGGGUGACACAAACUAUACCAAUUUCUGCAACUGUGGGAGAACUAUUGACAGCCGUCUUCAAGAACUUGGUGGAGAACAUUUCUAUGCAACAGGCCAUGCAGAUGAUGGUGUUGGAUUGGAGUUAGUGGUCGACCCUUGGAUUGAAGGGCUGUGGGAGGCAACAAAAAAAGUGCAAGCAGAAAUGUCUACCUCACAGGACAGACCUGAGUGUGGAAGUAUGCUUCAAAAUGCAGACACUGGAACAAAAAAGGAAAGCACAGAGGAUUCGGUGGCGGACUUGAAGAUCCAACUCUUAAGAAUCAGUGAAUCGCAGGAGAAGAGUCCUGAACCUGCAAAAGCAGUGUCUGAGGGCGAGGCUGUUGCCGUGGAGGCCUCUCUGACACAGUCACUGCCCCCUCUGUCAGAUUCUGCUCUUAAUGUUCCUUCGCUGCCUGCUCCAUACAUCCGUGUCCAGCUUCUGGAUAAAGCAGCAGAACAGAAAAACGAUCCAUGCCUUGAAGGAACAUUUCACCGAGUGACAGUUUCAAGAGCAUCUCAGCUCACUCGAGAGGAUGCCGUGAAAACAGCCCUGUUGCUUGAACUGGAUAUUUCAGAACAGCAGAUCGCUUAUGAGCCUGGAGAUUCAUUUGAAGUCCUCUGCCCAAACAAUUAUAACGAGGUGGAGGAGCUUUUACAAAGGAUGGGAUUGGAGGAGCAGAAGAACUGUAGUGUUCAGCUUCAGCUACGCACAGACACCAAGAAGAAGGCUGCUCAGAUUCCAUCUUACAUUCCAGAGAACUGCACGCUCCAACAUCUUAUGACCUGGUGUCUAGAGAUCAGGAGUGUCCCAAAAAAGGCGCUCCUCCGGGCCCUCGCGGACUGCGUGAGCGACACUGCCGAGAAGCGGCGCCUGCAGGAGCUGUGCAGCAAGCAGGGCUCCGCCGACUACAACCGCUUCGUCAGGGACCCCGGCAUCUGCCUGCUGGACCUCCUGCGCGCGUUCCCCUCCUGCUCGCCUCCUCUCAGCCUCCUCGUAGAGCAUUUGCCGAAACUGCAGCCGAGAUCUUACUCCGCGGCAAGCUCCAGCCUCCGUCACCCAGGGAAGCUGCACUUCGUGUUCAGCGUGGUGGAGUUCCCCGCGUGCCCCGAGCGCCCGGCCGGGAGGAGGGGCGUGUGCACCGGCUGGCUGGCGGAUCUGGUCUCCCCUGUCCUCCACGGGCCCCUGGGGGCGGCUGCUGGCUCCCCUGCCCCUCCCAAGGUGUCCAUCCACAUGCGCUCCAACGUCUCCUUCCGCCUGCCCUCGGACCCAGCGGUGCCCUUAAUCAUGGUGGGACCAGGCACUGGGGUGGCGCCCUUCAUCGGCUUCCUGCAGCACAGGGAGAAGCAAAGGCAAGAAGCCCCCGAUGCUGUAUUCGGAGAGACCUGGUUAUUUUUCGGCUGCCGUCACAAAGAUCGAGAGUUCCUCUUCAGGGAGGAGUUGGAGAGCUUCGUUGAAAAGGGCAUCCUGACGCACCUGCACGUUACUUUUUCCCGGGACUCCUCGGAAGGGACGGAAUCCGGGCCCAGAUAUGUCCAGCACAACCUGCUCCUCCAUGCCCAAAAUGUUGCCAACAUUCUGCUCAAACAAAAUGGCUGCCUUUACGUGUGUGGAGAUGCUAAGAACAUGGCAAAGGACGUGAACGAUACCUUGAUUGAGAUAGUGGAGAAAGAACUGCAGGUGGAUAAACUGGAGGCCAUGAAAACCCUUGCAGGACUGCGGGAGCAGAAGCGAUAUUUGCAGGAUAUAUGGAGCUGAUACGCAGAUGCAACGGAACACCGGGAAGUUUUUUUUUUUUUUUUUUAGCAUUUUGGAAAUGGAAUUCUCUUUUAAUGCUUAAAACUGUUUUGAAUUUGAAAGUAGAAAAUCCACUUUUUACUAACAAUGUCCACGGUGCUCUUUUAUGUCUAUCACUAAUUAUUGUCAGGGCACCAGUUUACGAGCAUUCCAGGAUCAACCAAAUUUUGUAUGGUUUUGUUGGGGCCCUGCCAAGUAAUUAAAUAUUUCCCAUACCUCCAAGUAAGAUGGUGCUUCUGCCAUUUGGCUUCUGUUAUUGUUUGGGAUGCGUCCUUAAAUGUCUCUGUUUUGGCAUAUGAAGUUAUGCUUCUGAGUAAAGGAAGAAAGUGAUCUGUUGAUUAAUAUAUGAAUCUCAAGUAACUCACCAGUGACACAAAGAGAAGGAAAAAUAUUGAUGGUAGGAAAAGUCAUCUCUAUCCAUGUACAGGCUCUGGCUAAAUUCAAUUGAGAAGAUUCAUACAAAAUAUAUCAUGUAUUCACUCUCUGUGCCUCUGACAGCAUAAAAGAUUGUGUGGGUUUCAUAAAUCUACUUUCAAAAGCAA